CCUCACCUCUCUCACAGUUCAGAAUGGUGCUAAUAGGACACAGAGAAUCUGGGAAGAGUUCUUCAGGCAACACCAUCCUGGGCAGAGAGGAGUUUGACCUUCAGACAUCCGCACAGUGUGUGAAGAGACAGGGCGAAGUAGCAGGUAGACAGGUCACUGUAGUUGACGCUCCAGGGUGGCUUCUUAAUUCCAAUCUGAAAGACACCCCAGAACUCACAAAACAGGAGAUCCUUCUCAGUGUUUCACUGUGUCCACCAGGACCUCACAUCCUCUUGCUUCAUGUACGUGUAGCAAAUGCCUUUCACUCUAAACAGCGUAAAAAUCAUGGAGGAACACAUCAAUCUUCUUGUUGAAGGAGUGUGGAGUCACACCAUGGUUCUGUUCAGCCAUGGAGACUGGCUUGGAGACACACCCAUUGAGCAGUACAUAGAGAGUGAAGAGGCCCUGCGGUCUCUAGUAGAUAGGUGUGGGAACAGAUAUCAUGUCCUGAAUAAUGAGAGCAAGGGUGGCAAGCAAGUAACACAGCUUCUGGACAAGAUUGAAGAAGUGGUCGCUGGAAACAGUGGUCAACACUAUGAAGUAGAUGACAACCUUAUCCUGGAGGUGGAGAGGGAGAGAUUGGGCUUUGGAACAAGGGCAGAGGAGAGAGAGACCAAAGCUUAUAAACAUAGCACGACUUUUAAAUAUGUCAUGGGUGACAUUCAGCCUCUGUCAAAAGUACGAGUCAUGCUACUGGAAUUUGCUGAUAUAUUUUCCCCAUCGGCACAGAUUGAUGAGUCUUUGCAGGGAGCGGCAAUUCAGUGUGAGAAGCAGCAGUUUGAAAUAGGAGGUCGAGAUGUCACCAUGGUGAUUGUUUACAUGUUGCCGAGUAACAACACUUUAGAGGACACAAAGGCAGAGCUGGUGUCCAGCUUGUCCUUGUGUGACCAAGGUCCACAUGCCUUUUUCUUGGGCAUCAACAUGGAUCAUCAAUUUCUGGAGGGAAAACGAAGACGGUUGCAGGAACUGUUUGAGCUUCUGGGAGAUACAGUGUGGGAUUACGCCAUAGUCUGUUUAUUCUCCGACAACCCGUUUGCAGACAAGAUCGUUGAGGAGUACAUUGAGAGCGAAGGAGAGGCCCUACAUUGGCUAAUUGAGAAAUGUGGGAACAGAUAUAACUUUCUUCCUGGGGAAGACAGCUGGCCAGACCUUCAUCGCAAGAUAGAUGAGAUGAUGGCGCUCAACGGCAGCAAACAUUUUCAGUACGAGGAAGGCACAAGCAAUCGGACCACAACAGCAGCCGACUGGAAGAUGGAAGUGCACCAGAUGAAAGAGAAUAAGCUAGCUAAGAGUAUGGACACAGCUCCAAACAUGGGGGGAGAGGAAAAGUCUGAAGUAACCUCAGAGAGGAGGUCUGUCCACCACUCCCUCAUGUCAGACACAACAUCUGAAGCACCACCCGGAGAAGACAUAUCAGACACCAAUAUAAGGCAACAUCCUAAGAGAGGCGGCGAUGACAGGUCUGACAUCACUUCAGGCCGUGGCACACACAUCUCAGACACCGCAUCUGAAGCUCCUUCAGAGGGGGGCUCUGUGAUGUCAUUGGAUAGCAGCUCAGGGUUUGGCUCGCUAACAUCUGGAACACUAGAGAGUAGAAGAAUGGAACGUAAGAGAUGUGAGGAUGAGAAGGAGAUCAGCAGCACGGAUCAAGUGGAAAAUUCAGAAGAGGAGACGAGGGAGGAACUGGCUUCUUAGACUUUAUUUUCCUUUCCUUAUAUCCCUUUCCUUUAAUUACCUCAAUGAUUAUUGAUCUGGAAAUUGAAUUGUUAUAAAGUUAAUGUCAUUGUUAUGCCUGUCAUGACAACUAUCUAAAUGAUUGUGACAUAUGCUAAAAGGGCCCGCACCGACUUUGAUGUUGUAUAAUUUCUUUAUGCUUUACGCUUUAUGCUAUGACUACGAAACUUGACUUUUCCUUAAAUUUAGUUGGCUAUAAUUUAGUACCAAAAGAUUAGGUUUAUUAUUUUUGCCGCAUGGCAAUGGUUUUCUGACAGGUAUGUUGGACCAAAAAUCACUUAUCUAAGUCUCAUCAGUGUACCUUCCUUAUCGCAUACUACUUAUCGCAUAGUUAUUUCAUUACAUAAGCAUAACUUUACCUAAUCUGAUAUCAGCAUCAUUAAUUAUCAUCAAUUUAUAAAAUGGCACAACUGAGAGGGAACAUCUUUCUCACAGAAAUACUGUUUUCAGGCAGACCAGAAUGGUGCUGGUGUCCAUUCCCACACCAGGUUCAUUCAGAUUCAAAGUGAUUAACACGUUAUAAUAAUAAUGACUGCAGUGACUAUGUCGCUUUGAGAGUAAGUAGAUCCAAAACGCUGUGCUUCAUUCUAUGUAUUGCUGUUGGUAGGCCUACCACUUCCUGCUUGUCAAGCAACAAAGCUUGAUUUAUUUAAUCAACAUUCCUUUUAUU